AUGCAGGUUUCAGGACCACCAUUCCUUGUUUCUAUAUAUUUCUGGCGCUCAUCUACCCUUACAGUAAAAGAUUAUGUAAUUGAAAGAGUUCAAAAGGUGCUAGAAGGAUUAUCGCGAGUCUCUUAUGGGAGUGAAGAAGACGAAGAAGCAAUGCAACAACUGGUUUUGAAUGCUCAGAAUUUGAUGCAAUCAGUUAAAGACACUGUCAGAGCUGCUGAAGCUGCUUCAAUCAAGAUUCGUACAAACAGUGGAUUAAGAUUACGAUGGAUUCGUAAACCAAUGUGGUCUAACUUUUAA